AUGACCAACAAACCUUGCAAUGCGAAUGAUGAAGAUAUUGUAGAUGGGAUGGUUGGAGUUGGAAAGCCACUCACCCACCCCACAUCGAUGUCGUACUGUCUCCAGCGGAUUCAACUGGGCGAGUUUUGCCGCGAAAUCACAGAUUGUGCUCCAUUCGGAAUAUCAGAUCCAGGAAGCCCGAACUAUGAGCACACGAAACAAAUUGAUGGCAAGAUUUGUGAAUUUGCCGAGUGUCUACCCUCAUUCUUUUCGUUGUCCUAUAGGUUGGAUGAACUGCCAGAAACCGAUCCUCGGAAAUCCCCCGGAAUAAUCAUACAACGAUAUAUCUUCAAUUUUUUGCUUCAUACCCAAAGGUGCAGGCUUCACUUGCCUUAUUUGUCGCGAGCAUCUAAGGAUCCUGCAUACGAUUACUCCCGGAAAGCAUGCCUAGAAGCAGCUCGAAUGGUGAUCCGAACCGAACGCCAACUAUCGCAAGAGAUGAUCCCCUUUGUGCUGGCGCGACUAAGACUUUCGGGCAUGCUACAUUGCGCCUGCGUGGCGAUCAUUGUUCUCCUCGUAGACUUCUGUGGAAGUGGUCAGCCUCAGGAAAAGGAUCAAACGGAAAUUUUGGAAGCAUUUUCAAUCCUAGAAAAGGCUAAAAAGGAAUCCUCUUUUGCAGGAAGGCUGCUUGAAACCUUCAAGACGGCUCUUCGCCGGCACAAUGCUUCGGGCUCAGCUGCUGAAGAAAAUACAGCAACGCAACCCACUUCUCAAGACCCGGAGAUUUCACUAGGACUUGCUUGUGGCUCUGCGGCACCUACGAGCGAUGACUUUCUAAUGGAUCCCACAUUGCCUAGUCUAGAUGACCUCUGGCAGGUAUUCGAUGACAAUGUGGACCCAGGAACAGUGGACUGGAACAGCUUCUUUGCCGAGUCAGAUACUGCAUUUCUGUCUAUAUAA